UCACCCAUGACUGGAUUGAUGGCCACGGCUGCCGAGAGUCACAGCGCCCGUCAUUUUAGGCCUUCCUUUCAUGCAAACCAUAGCUAUUGUGGAUCCGAUUGGAGUCAAGCGAACAUCGAAACCAAUUUCAAUAGUUUUACUCAUAUAUCAAAUGCAAACACUGGGGACACCACUCAAGCCCUCGAAUCCAUUGGUCAAAGCAAUGAUACGUUUACUCGUGAGUUGGGGUCGCAUAUGAAGAGUACGAGUAUUUUGAAUGAAUUGCUCCGAAGUAAAGCCAACGCCAGUCGCACCGAAACCAAUGCUAACAAUGCAUUGCAUUCAAUACCGACGUCCGCAGAGAAGGCACAGUUCCGCAGAUCUCUGGACAGCGCAACCACUUUAGUCUUUCACCGCAGGAAUGGUCUCCCGUUGACCUCCAGUCCGGCUCCGAUGCGAAAAUCUGGGACUUGUUUUGAUUUUGAUAGUACCUUGACUUCAGUCAACGCUAUUAAGAAAGCACUGUUUGAAAAGGACCCCGAAGUCGAAGCUGAGGCCACUCCGCAAACUAUAGCCCUAAGCACAAGCGCCCCGCCAUCCACUACUAUCAGCAGUUUAUUAGGCAAUUUUGAAGAAUCAGUACUGAACGGACGGUUAGACCCCGUGAGCACAGUUCAUGGAUUUACAGCUGAGUUGGGCGCCAGCGGUAGCUUUUGUCCCCGACAUAAGACAUAUCCCGUCACUGUAUUCUUCUAUACACUUCAAGACACCGAUAAAGUAGACCGCGUCUCCUCUCCCUAUCUGGGUCACAUAAAUUUAGGCAAAAAGGGUUAUCAUAUCCCACGCAAGGGUACUGUUCAAGCCACCCUAUUCAACCCUCACGGCACUGUUGUCAAGAUGUUUGUCGUGCGAUACGAUCUGUCGGAUAUGCCUCCCAAUAGUAAGACAUUCUUACGGCAGAGAACACUGUUUAUGCCGAGCGAUGCCCACGAGAACGACACCGACAAUAGGAAAUGGCUUCGAUAUCUCAUUCAUCUCAGAUGUGAGAGUUCAAAGAAUGGUCGCAUAUACCUGCACACGGAUGUGAGGAUCAUAGUGUUCCGUAAGCAUGACCUGGAUGUGGCCACAAUCAACGGACAACAGCCAUACGAGUUGCGCUCUUUCACGCAGUGUCCCGUCAAUCCCAAGUACUCGUAACCCUUGGCCUCCUUAGACACUAUGACUACUGCUAUAAUAUGACAGUUGUCUCCCAUUCUAUCAAUUAAUGUUGGAUUCUAUCGUCAAAUAAGUCUUGAAUUGAUUGUAUUAUAAUUUAAUGCUAAAUAUGAUUAUAUUUUAAGAGUUGCGUAAAAGAGCAUAUUUUAAUGAAAUGUAUUGUAUCUGAAAAACUAUUUAAAGCUAAAUAUUAGAGGAG